GGACGCCCCCCAUAGAUGGUCGCAAAACACCGUCGCUACCAACGGCCCCGUGCAGCCCAAUCCCACCCCACCGGGCGCCGAACCCCCGCCCCUGCUCGGCCGCUCCGUCCACCGGUAGCACCGUGCCGGGGGGACAAAGGGGACCGCAGGCUCACCCGCCACCGCUCUCUCCUCGCAGGCCCAACCAUGGUGGAGCCCCCAACAGAGCCCCCCGCGCAGCCCUGCCCCGCACCCGGCGGGGCGGCGGCGGCGGCGGCGGCGGCAACGCCGGGGGAGACGUCCCGACCCGGGGAGCAGUCCCCGCUGCUGCACCUGGACCUGUACAACUUCGACUGCGCGGCGGCGGAGGGCAGCCGGUACGUGCUGACCAGCCCCCGCUCCCUGGAGGCCUGCGCCCGCUGCGCCGUGCGGCCGGUGGAGCUGCUGCCACGGGCGCUGGGCGAGCUGCUGCGCGAGGCUCCCGGGCGCUCCAUGCGGGUGGCCACCGGCCUCUACGAGGCCUACGAGCGGGAGCGCCGCCGCAAGCUGCAGCAGUGCCGCGAGGAGCGGGAGAGGAUUAUCCGCGAGGAGAAGCGGCGCAUCCUCGCUCCACUCGGCAGCCUGCCUCCCUCGCCCGCCGCCCGCCUCGUCCCACGGGCUGCCGCCGCCGCCGCCGCCGCCGCGCCCCGUCCCGCGGGGAAGGCUGGGGCGUCUGGGGGUGCCAAGGCCAAGAGCCACUCCCUGGACUCGCUGCAAAAGCGUCGGGAGGGCAGCUGGGGCAAGACCUCCUCGGAGUCGGGAGCGUCGUCCUCGUACAGCGGGGAGAGCCUGCGGGGGCUGGGGGGCAAGGGGCGCAGCCGGGGCCGGGUGGCCGACGGCUCCCUGCUGGGGCGCAGCUUCAGCCUGGGUGACCUCAGCCACUCGCCGCAGACCGCCCAGAGGGUGGAGAGGAUCGUCAGGGAAGUGAAGAGGAAGAAGGGCCUCUCGGAGGUGCCCGAGAGGGACAAGAAGAUCGCGGCGCUGAUGAUCGCCAAGCACCAGGAGGCCAAUCUCCUGCGGGAGCAGCGGCAGGCGGCCCACCUGCAGUGGGACAGCCAGCGGCGCCUGGCGGAGCAGCGGAAGGAGCAGGAGGAGAAGGAGAAGCAGAAGGCCCUCCUGCAGGGCCAGCGGAUGUGGGAGAGCCAGGUGGAGAAGCGGCGGGGAAAGCUGAGCCAGGAGCAGCAGGAGGUCGCCCUGCUGAAGCAGAAGCAGCGGCAGGUAUGUGAGGAGAGGUGGCGGGAGCAGGCGGAGAAGCAGGAGCGGCUGCGGAGGGAGAAGCUGGAAAGAGCCGUCCAGGAGGACAAGCAGAAGAAGCUCCAUCAAGAGCACAAUCUGAAGGCGAAGGAGGACAGCAAGAAGGAGCAGCGGGAGCGAGAGGAGCAGCUCCUGCAGGAGAAGCUGUCCACGGCCGCGCAGAAGAGGCAGAGGAAGGAGGUGCGGCUGCAGAAGGAGAGGAAGCUGCUCAACCAAGCAGAGAAGCUGAAGCACGAGACUUUGCUCAAGGAACUGGCCAAGCAAGAGGCAGAGGAGAAGGAAAUGCUGAAGGCCUCCCUGGAGAUGAGUUUGUCCAAGGCUCAGGAGAACUAUGAGCAGCUAGUGGAGAAGAGGAACCAGGAGCUGAGGGAGAAGGCCAGGCGGGAGGACAUGCAGAUCCAGAGAGCCAAACUGGCGGCAGAGAAGAAGGAAAGAGAGCAGAAGGAGCACUUGGAGGCCUUGGCUAAAGAGACAGAGAGGAAGCUCCAGCAUGCUGCCCAGGUGGCUGAAGAGGUGGUCCAGGAAAAAGCCCGCAGGUUGGUCUUGAGCCGUCUGGAGAAGGAGAAGGUGCAGAAGAUGAACAAGCAAAAGGUGGAACAGUACGAGGACUUACGGCGCAGGGAGAUCCUCCUUUCUAUAGAGAGAAAGCUGGAGAGGAGCGAGCAGAUCUUCAAGGAGAAGAAGACCGUCUUAGAAAAUGCCAGGUCUGUAGCUCGGGCAUCCUUCCAUGUCCGGGAGAAGGUGCGGGAGGAGACCAACACGCGCACCUUUGACAAGAUGGCCUUGGAAGCAGAGCUGCACGCCAGCCUGGAUAAGAAAUGAAAGAUCUUGGCGGGGAUACGUUAUCGGUUGUCCCUCCUAAUGCAUCGGAAGGCUCCUCUGCGUUAACAUUUAGCAUUUAAAAAAACAAAACUGACCACCCUAAUUUAUUAUUCUGGGGGAGCAGGGUACCGCACAAUAACGUGGCAGCUAUUUCACAUACUUUUUAAAACUUGUUUUUGUUCUGGGUGUGUUUUAAGGACUGACCUCAGUCAUCUUUACGGAAGGGAAGCGAGCUUUUGCAUCCUCCGCCCCACAAGCACAGAGGGCUGCAGAACUUUGCGUGAUACCUGUGAGUUACCAAUUGAUUGUCUAAACUGGAGCUGACUACAGCUGCACUAUUUUUCGUUGGGAAAACAGACAGUAGAGACUACGGGCUACUCUUAGAGCCUGUUGACAAAGAACCCAAACCGACCCAGCUGAUUUUGGUUUGAGUGACAUUCAGUGUGGUUUAAGUUACAGGAUUGCAUUUUCAAAGCUGCUGCACACGCAGGAAGAUGAGGAUGGCUCUCUUGGGGAAGUCCGUGUGCCCCCGGGUGCGUCUCAUUCACUGCUGAUACCAAACAUCGGGGAAAGAAAGCACAGGUCAAGAGUCAGGCUUCAUAACACCGUAUAGGCAGGCACUGCAAUCCGAGCUGGGUAGAAGCUGUUAAAAGUGCUCACAAACACUACAGUUUCACUUCUGCUGUUUGCAGCUGUGGCCUCUCCCCAGUAUCCUUACCCUCCUUUCCAAGUGUCUCAUACAAAGGUCCGUAGAGUUUCUUCUUUCAGAGGAGAGGAAGGAGGAAAGAGGUAUGUGGGCAAUCCACAAGCUGACAGUCAUCCAAACGACCCAUUUGUACAUUAAGAUAUAGAAAUUAACAAACCUGUGGGAGCUGGCCUUUGUUGCAAACGUGCAAAUGGAAAUCUGUGAACAGGUUGCAUAAAGGGGCUGAGGAAUAUCCAGGCUGGCAAUAUUCAUAUUUGACGAGACCCUGAGCAGCCUUCUCCAGCUCAGCCUGCUUUGAGCAGGAGGCUGGACGAGGCAUACGCCAGAGAUCUCUUCCAAACAACUGACUGCAUGAGCUGCUUGCAAUGAGACUGUCACCCAGCUCUUAUUGUUGUCUGCUGAGUAGGGCAGCUUUUGUCUGUCCAUUGGUGCUAUCAGUUGUAUUAUUUUAGGGCACAAGAAAGAGUAGAUGCACAAAAUAAGGUACGUUACAGAUUCUCUUAGGUGAGGAUCACGGCAUUUUUUAUAACUAACCCAAUACCAUUUCGAGGGAAACAAGACCUUUUGACAUGAAUGCACUGGAAAUGAGAAGAACCCACCUACGCCCAGUGGACAGCAUUCAAGUAUGUGUUCUGUUCCAGUUCUCCAUGUUUACUCUCUGCCAGAUUGCAGUUACAGACCCGCAUCCAAACCAGGCACUUUCUGUUGCUUUUUUUUUUUUGGCUCCAGGCAGUGCCAGCGCUGUGCUCCACCAUCCGUGACACUGUGCUGGGUUGCUGUGGUGAUAGCUGUCAAACCUGGAGCAAGGGAGAGAAGCAGCAGGAAGAGCCAGGUUCUCAUUUCCUUGCAGAUGUCUCUGAUGUAAAACACAGGGGAAGAGGAAGCCAGAAGACGGUUGAUAUACGACACAGGCAUGCAGUGUCACAUGCAUAGAUCCCUUGCCUCUCGGAAGGCUCUAAAGAAAGUAUUAAACGAAUGGCAACAACAGCAGUUGAGCAAGCACACUCUGGUACCCUGCAAGGCUGGAGACACUGUAAAAGGAGUGUUGGAAAUGAAGAAAUCUGAUGAAACUUGCUCUCUUUGAAUCACAGAGCGAUUGGCACUGUGGGUGCAGAUGGCACAAAAAGCAAGAAGUGGGACACCUGAGUUAUGCUAGCUCAGUUGUUGACUUGCUGUGUAACACCAGGCAUGUCCUUGUGGGCUGGCCCUGCUCCCAUGGAUAUAAAAGGAAGCAGAAUCGGACUCUUGGGAUUGAUGCGGCUCACAGGAAAUAGUAAUGCAUGGCUUAGCAAAGCACUUCCAGGGCUUUGGUUGAACGAUGCUAACAAAGCACAAAGUACUGAUUUAUUUAUUUGUUUGUUUGAGGUGUUACUAAAAAAGCACAUCCGUUGGUGAAAAUGGUCAGGUGACACCAAAGCCUAAAAAAUGCACAGCUGUGAGAAGGACAGUGGUGCUGGUGUUUCCAGCUAGGAGCCUGUCACUUCACUCUCUUCCUUGAAACUACAAGUGAUUUGAAAAGAGAAAGCAAUCCUGCUGUCCUGCUGUGCCACCAGUCGUGUUCAUGCGUUGUUUAUACUGCAGUGUGUAACGUGAUGGGCAGAUGACUGGACACAGCCACUGUCAUUUUUUCCCUUAGCGCUGCAUUGUACCCUCUGACAUUACAUUUCCAGUGCAGAUCAAGAACACUUCUACAGCCCAGGAGAGACGCCUUGGCCACUGACUGUAAUUACACCUGGAGUCCGUGUCUUGCUGCUGACUGAGUUUGACAUCUUGGGGCUACAGCCAAACUAAUCAAAACACACCUCCAUGGUGGUAAUUGGAUUGGCUGACUGCUGUUCCUAUUCUGCGCAGUGUGCAGCUUGAGUUUUGAAUGUGCGACCUUUGGAAAAAAAAAAAAAAAAGUAUUUUUUUUCAAAAGACA